CAAGUCUAAAAAUCAUCUUUGUUUCCAGAUUAUAGAGAGACGAUGUUUCGAAGCCAAUCUUAUUGUUUCCGUUGUAUAAUUACCAUCUACUUCUUUUUUUUCCUUCACCUCUUACCAAACACAUUUGCGUCUCCUACACGGUCCUUAUGCCGUCACGACCAAAGAGAUGCUCUUUUGGAGUUAAAAAAGGAGUUCCCGAGCCAUACCAAAGAUGACGCUCUUGCAACAACACUUUCAUGGAACAAAAGCGUCGACUGCUGUUCUUGGUGGGGUGUCACGUGUGAUGAUAUACUAGGACAGGUGAUAUCACUAAAACUUCAAUCUUAUACUAGUGUCAACACGUCUCUGAAAUCUAGCAGUGGUCUUUUUAAACUCCAGCAUCUCCGUCACCUAGACCUUUCAAAUUGCAAUCUCCAUGGAGAGAUCCCUUCCUCCAUUGGAAAUCUUUCUCGCCUUACAUAUCUUGAUCUUUCUUUCAAUCAAUUCAUAGGUGAAAUUCCAGUUUCAAUCGGUAAUCUAAACCAACUAAGGUACUUGAGUCUUUGGAGUAAUGAUCUCAGAGGUAACAUUCCUACUUCGAUGGCCAAUUUCACGAAACUAUCUGAUUUGAACCUAAAGGGAAAUCAGUUCACUGGCGGGGAUAUAAUACUAGCCAAUUUAACCAGCCUUUCCGAGUUAGAUCUCUCUUACAACCACUUAAAAUCUUCUCUUUCUGUUGACCUAAGUGGACUCCACAACUUGGAGCGGUUCAUAGGAGAUGAAAACUCAUUUUUUGGACCUUUUCCAUCCUCUUUGCUCAUGAUUUCUUCGUUAAGAAUGAUUUCUUUAGAUCAAAACCAAUUAGAAGGACCUUUAGUUUUUGGGAAUAUCUCUUCAUCAUCUAAGCUUCUAUCGCUAGAUGUGAGCUACAACAAGUUUUGUGGACUAAUCCCAACAUCUAUAUCGAAAUUACAGAGUCUUUACGCUGUAGAUCUUAGUCAUAACAAUUUCAUAGGACAAGUCCCUAGCUCUAUAUCUAGUUUAGUCAACCUCAGUUCCCUUGACCUUUCUUAUAAUAAUUUGGAAGGUGAAAUACCAUCUCUUUUGUGGAGAUCCUCUAUGUUGUGGUCUUUAGAGCUUUCUCAUAAUAUGUUCAGCAGCUUUGACAAACAAGUUGAAGUUGUUGAUGGAGCAUCAUUAAGAGAGUUACGUCUUGGUUCAAAUUCACUCCAAAGACCAUUUCCCCAAUGGAUCUGCAAGCUAAAAGAUUUAUGGGCCCUAGAUCUAUCCAACAACCAAUUCACCGGUUCCAUUCCUCAAUGUUUGAAGAACUCCAUUUCUCUGUCAGAGUUAAGGCUACGAAACAACAGUUUAAGUGGAUUUAUACCAGAUUCAUUCAUCAAUCUCACUGACCUAAGAUCACUUGACGUCAGCCACAACAAUUUGGUGGGAAAACUUCCAAGAUCUUUGAUCCAUUGCAAGCUCAUGAGGCUUCUGAAUGUGGAUGGAAAUAAAAUCAGUGACACCUUUCCGUUUUGGUUGGGAUCUUUGGAAAUAUUAAAGAUCCUUGUGCUUCGGUCAAACGCAUUCCAUGGUCCAGUCUAUGACCCUACAACAUAUUUAGGGUUUCCAAGUCUACGGAUCAUCAACAUAGCCAACAACAAUUUCGUUGGAUCAUUACCACAGAAUUACUUUGCAAACUGGACUGAAAUGUCAAUUGUGUGGAGUAAUGAAGAUUCACCAGAGUCGAACUACAUGGGGGAUGAUUCUCAUAUGUAUGAAGAUUCUAUAGAUUUGGUGUAUAAAGGAGUAGAAACAGAUUUCACGCGGAUCUUUCAAGCCUUCAAAGCCAUUGAUUUUUCUGGAAAUCGAUUUUCCGGACAUAUCCCUGGAUCCAUUGGUAAUCUAAGCGAGUUGCGCUUUCUAAACUUUUCAGGAAAUGCAUUCAGAGGCAACAUCCCAGCAUCUUUGGAAAAUAUUGCAAAGCUCGAAGCACUAGACUUAUCGUGUAAUAACUUGUCUGGUGAAAUUCCUCAAGGUCUCGGGAACCUCUCGUUUCUGUCAUACAUCAACGUCUCCCACAAUGACCUCGAAGGAUUGGUGCCACAGAGCACACAGUUUCAAAGUCAACACUGUUCUUCAUUUGUGGGUAACUCCAGACUAUAUGGACUCGAGAAAAUUUGUAAUACAAUCCAUGUCGAUGUCCCCGUUCCUGCAUCACAGCCACUAGAGGAAUCUUUUUCGGAUCCAGAGGAGCCAGUACUGAACUGGAUAGCAGCGGCAAUAGCAUAUGGACCUGGUGUAAUUUGUGGUUUAGUCCUUGGACAUAUCUUCACUUCAUAUAAACAUGAGUGGUUCAUAGCUCGUUAACCCUAUCUUCGUCAAGUGUUUGUUCAUUGUAAUUUUAUACAUGAUACUUGGUAGUAAUAUUGUUAGUUUUAACAGUUGUAAUGUUCACAGUUCUCACUAUUUUGUAAUGUGGUUCGUCUAUGUGUUCUCAGUUGUCUUUAACAAAAUCUCUAGAAAAAUCAUGUGCUCGUAACAGUUUCUC